UGUUUAGCAUUCGGCUAGCCGAAUCUACCCAUAGCGGUGUGUGUGCUUGUGUGGGGAAGCAAGGUGAUCCGAGGAAAUAAGAAUGGCAGCACACGCCGUGCUUAACACAGCAAAUAGAUUGAAAUUAAUUCCGGCAAAUACGUAUACUGGACAUUUUAUAAACGGCAUUAUUUACAAAAUCCAGGCAUGCGGAUAUGCCAAGAAACCCACUAUGAAAGGAAAGGGGAAAGGAAUGACGAAAGAGGUUCUGACAGGCCCAGAAGUGUGUAAGGAUCCUGUGCAGUUAACGACUCACGCUGUGGGGGUCAACAUAUUCAAAGAAGGGCAGGACCCCGCUCUGCGUCCUGUUGAGGAGUACCCCGAGUGGCUGUUCAAGUUGAAUCUGGGGCCUCCACCGAAGCUGGAGGACCUGCACCCCGAGACCCGGCAGUACUGGAGGGUUGUGCGAAAGCAACAUAUGUGGCGCUUCAACAGGUUACACCAGGGCAAAAGAUUUUAGAGGACUGGGUCUUGCCAUUUUGGCUCUCAGCUGUGCUGACGAGCUCAGUCUGAACGUCAAGACCCCAUGGUGUUGGUGGUGGCAGCUGUCUUGUUUUAUCCACCAUUCACACCGGAUCACAAAAUCCAGCUUUGAUCACCAGACAUGACUUGGAUAGUUUCCAAUGUUUUUACUUUUCAUUAAAAAAAAAGGCUAAACAAAUCUAUUUUGUCCGUCCUCAAGCCAGCCUGUCAUUUUUGCCUAGUGGACUAGCUGGGGAGCUGUACGAAAGGAUAAUCGUGGCCUAAAUGUUUCAUGAUGAUGAUGAUGAUGAUGAUG